GGGAGGAGAUAUGGAGAGUGUGACUGCCUUGCUGGGCGGGAGUUCCAAGCGUUUUAAGGACAUGUUGAGCCAAGGGAAGACCAACAGAAAAGUCAUGCUGUACCUCGCUGUCCUGCUCGUUGUCAUCUUCAUCAUUGUGUAUUUCACACUGACACAUGUUAGACAGGGCUGACUGUACGGGAGUGACGUUACAGCACAGAUCCCUUCACACCUGUGUGAGCUCCCCCUACCUACAAACUGAAGUACUGCAGACAACUGUGCCCCACACUUCCACCAUGCCGUGGAGAAAAGUCCUGUAUGAGGACCAGGGCUGCCCUGACAACUAUGUGGACUCCUCCUUCUUGGAGCAACUACAGAAAAACUUGAACACGAGAUCGUACGACUACUGGAACACGGUGUACGAAUCCGGCGCGGUGACGGACCACAUCAGCGCCACUUGUCUGUUCGUGGUGACUUUCGUUUACCUGGAGGCUGGCGUACUGUCUCCAAAAUUACUCAUACUGCUCACAGUCGCAUCCUGUUUCCUGGGGUAUAUAGCGUACGCAGCCUGCACUGUACAUCUGGGUGAGACUGUACACAAGAGCCACCUAUGGAUUGUGAUACGAAGUGCAGUUGUCUUCUUGCUUUUCACCUACAGCCUGUCGCCCAUACUGUACACCCUGACAGAGUCUGUCAGCACGGACACCAUCUAUGCCAUGACUGUCUUCAUGUUCGCGGGAAAUAUUUUAGUUUUUGACUACGGCACGACGGCCGCGAUCGUUUCCGAGUCCACGUCCUUCAAUCUCGCCAUGUUCGGUUCCAUGUGCUUGGCGUCUCGCCUGACGACCGUCCUCCACACGUUCUCUAUCGUUUCCUUCGCGGUGGAAGUGUUCGCGCUGUGGCCGGAGCUGCGGAGGAAAGUCCAAGCGACCCACCGUGGGUGUAAGAUGGGUGUGUCGUGUGGGUCGGUACUGGUGUCGGUGUGUGCGGUGUGGUCUGUCUCUACUGUAGGUGCAGUGUUACUGGGGCUGGUGCACUUUGUUGUAACCUUCCUUUGCCCACGGUGGCUAAUUCAGCUCCAGCCCUACAAAAACAACAUCCAAGGACCCUGGGAUGAAGUCAGUAUUGUGGAUAAAAUGUGACAAGCUUAAUAAUUGUCAGAAAGGAAAGCAGUCAAUCUUGCCUAAAAUGAUCAUCCAGGGACUGAGGAAAAAAACAGUCUACAGUCACGUUGGACAGUAGUGUUUGGAAUUAGGCAAGUCCCUUUAUGCUUAGGCCAUGUUGAUUUGAUUAUAUGGAUGACAUCCUCCGGGAACCCCAAAAUUGAU